AGCGAUAGGAGGCAUUGUCGUUCUCGCCCUCAUAAUAGGCGGAUGGUACUUCUGGCGGCGGAAGAAGCGGAGGGUGCAACCACCCACGACCACCCUUACCGACGAUGAAUUGGCGAGGCGAGAAGGCGGCGGCGACAAAAUGGUACUCGAUACGGACAAUAAUGUGACCAGAACGGGAGCGGACCAGACGGAAUACCAAGAAAUGUCGGGGAACGGCCUCACGCAGGAAUUGAAUCGGUCGCACUCGUACAAAUACGCGAUUGGAGGAGCGCACGAGCUCAGGGCUGAGGAUCGGCCGGGCGAGUUGCCAUAUAAUGGGAUGGAGGAACAUGGGCGAAUAAGUGAGAACAGAGAGGUUGGAGUGGACAAUGAAGGCGAUGGUCGAAAUGUAGAAACGCUGCCAGUACCAGGAGCGAUCAAUUCGACGUCACAGGUCUCACCUCAUGUCGAAGCGCAGAGGAAGAGAGAAGUGGAGUGGUUGGAGAUGGAAGAGACAAGGAUGAGACAGAGGAGAGAAGCACUUCUGCAACAGGGUGGUGCACAGACGCAAUGAUGGAGAUACAUGAGGAAAGAUGGAGAGUUUGGUAAACAAUUGUGUUGCCGAUAUGAUGAUGGAAAGAAAUGAAUGACAAGAUGAGGUCU